GUCACUGUUUUCUAUUUCCUGUUUUGGACUUUUAUAGUUUCAUAGAAAAACAUUUAUAUUAUUCUGUUUCUGCGUGGUAAUGUUUCUUUCUCAGAGUAUUUAUGAACACUAAAAGAGUGCUCCUGAGCUGUACUGUAAUCUCCCUACAGGACACUCGGUUUGUGUAUCCGUGCUGUAGAUUGUGUCUGUGCAGAUUAACACAGGAGGCAGAUUUAAGAAGCCGAUGUUUCAAGUGUGGUUUCACGUGUGAUACACAGAAUGCAGACUACAGAUUCAGGUUGUCCCUAAAAGUGUCUCGAGACUCAAGGCUUUUUGCAGUGACAGUAUUUGGAGGUUGCCUCAAUCCUUAUUUUGGUAUUACAGCUGGUGGUUUACAGAGAUUUGUAGAGUCAGAAAAGUUCGAAGGACCACAGACUUUACAACAACUACUAAUCAAAGCUGUGGAGGAUUGCUUUAUUGGAAAAUGUUUAGUUUUUGGCUUUAAGCUUUCCGGACGUGCUGCAGAGAGCUGUUUACUUGGCGAGCACACUGCUGAAACUGUGCAGUUUGUGGCCUGUCAAGUCAUCCCUCCUAAUGGAGCUUUACUGGGCGUCACUGUUUUUGGCUACUUGCAAAGCCUUAUGCAGAAAAAUGCUCACCCAGUCUGUUUUGCAAAAGCUGGCUGUCAGUUGCAGCGGAAAGAUUCCCUGGAGAGCAGCUUUGACCACACUCUGCCCUUGUGUCAGAACUGGUGCUCCGAAACCAGCACUAGCGGAUUAACGCUCCCACAUCCAUGGCAUUCGAUUUCAAGCCUGGAUUUGUGCUUCUCUUUAGACGAAACAAGCGCAUGCUCUUUAUCUGACGUUACAGAAGAGGAUGAGUCAAAGGAGCCGUCAAAUGGUGUGCAAGGUGCCGAAUUCUGCCCCUUUACACAAUUUGGAUCAACACCAAGAGAGCGUAACAGACUAUCUACCUCACAUGAGUCUUUGUUUAAUGUUUCAUCUGUGUCCCCAAUAAAAAUAACAUCCAGUGAUCAUGAAUUAAAAAGCUUAUCUUUUAAUAAGUGGUCUUCACAGGACUGUCUUAGCCAAAUUAAUGCAUUUUUACCAGAGAAACCAUUUUUCAGUUUUACUUUACAGGAUGCACCUUUGUCUGAAACCUUAGGAGACUUUGUCAGCAUAGAGCCGCCGAUUGUUGAUCGGAAAUUAUCCAGCUCCACCAGUAAAAGAGAUCAAGGCACACUGGAAAACAGUAUUCUGAUAGAAAACAGCACAAUUCCCAGGUAUACCUCAGAGAUCCAAUCACCGCACUUUUCCUUUCCUGUUCUCACACCAUUUUGCGAUGUUACUAAUGUUAAGAAGUCACUGGCACGGAACAACAGAAAACGAAAAAGCUCCCCAGUCUCUAAACAUACAACGAAACUAUCACAUGUCUCUCAAGAGUUGCACAUCUCUGACACAAAGGGUGUAGUUUCAACAAGCAACGGGGGCACUCUUGUGCAAUGUCCUGCCAGAAAAGAACAGGAAAAUCAAUUGAGUGGGUACGAGGAUGCCUAUAAUUAUUCAGCAGACUUAUUUCAACAAAGCAGCAUGAAUAUUAUAGAUGUGGUCGAGAACUCCAUCUCUGACACAGAUUCAAAAGAGCAAAAGUGUCUUGCUGAAAUCAACAUUCCUGAGCCGAAUAUUUCGUCUUUCCGUUUUGCUCCUUCGCUGCAGUCAACUCCUGUUGUGAAUUCAACCAUUCAGUGUGCAUAUAGACAGCGCUGUAAGCUUAGGAAAAAAUGCUCAGGCAUGCAUUGGUCUAAGAAAAGACUCGCACACAACCGUAUUAGUAACAGACAGGGGAUUGAAUUGAAUCAGAGUUGGUGUACUGAUUCUGUGCUUAAAACCUCUGACAGUUCAGCAGGUGGCUCUAAGCUGAAAGCAGAUAUGAAACACUUGUCUGGAGACUCUGCUUUACUCUCAACCAAUAAUGACUGCUCCAGAGACCUUUUCGAUCCUUCAUUUUGACUACUGAUUAAAAUAAAAUUUGAAAAGUAAUAGAUCUCAAAUCUAUUCAGUGCUACAUUUUGUGGGCUUCAGUUGAGCUUGUAAAUUCAGAGAUGACAUACUCUUACUAAAAAAUACUUGUUUAAGUUUAGAAGUUUGUUAAGUGAAUAUUUUAUGUAUUGUUUAUUUGUAUCUGAAAAAUUGUUACACAGCUCUACUGUUUUGUUGAAACUGUUCUACUUGAUUAUCUAAAAUAUUAUGUAUUUGCUCUCUCGGAUAUUUUUUUACCUUUGAUAUAGCAAUAAGUAAUUAUUUCAAUUUAAGUUUUUUAAUUACCGGGGUCUCCAACACCUGUUUUAAAAAUGAGUUGUAAAUAAGAGAAUUCGUACAAUUUCUCACUUAUUUUAAGUUAAGUCUUGAUGAUGAUUUUUCAUUUACAGUGGGUAUAGAAAAGAAUUCCUACGCUUUACCAUAAUCACAUUUUGUUGCUUUGCAGUCUAAAAUUAAGACAGACACAGUUUUUGCUUUAUCCAGCUAUAUUAACUAAGUGCAACUUUUAACAUUCAAGUAAAAGAUAUAACACUAUCAUGUCAGAAAAAAAAUAUGAAAAAUAAAUUUUAAAAACUGAAUCACUGAGUUGGGAAAGGAUCACCCCCCUUGUGUCAGCAUUUUGUUGAAACACCUUUUACUUUAAUUACAGCCUUUAGUCUAUAAGGAUAUAUUUCUACUGACUUUAAAUAUCUAGACUUUGAAAUAUUUGCUCACUCUUCUUUGCAGCACUGCUCAAGUUGAGUUAAAUUUGAUGAUCGUUUGUGGACUGCAAUCUUUAACGCCCCCACAGGUUUUCAAACUGGACACUGACCAGGUCAUGCGGGGACAUUCACAUUUUUCUCAUUGAACCACAUUGUGGUCAGUUUUGCUGUGUUCUUUGGGUCAUUGUCAUUAUGGAAGGUAAGCCUUCCCCUUGACAACUUUCUGGCAACAGAUUUUCCUCAAGGAUUUGACUGUAUUUUGCCCCAUUUCUAUCCUGGCAAGUGCUCCAGUCCAUGCUGCAGAGAAACAUCCUUAUAACAGGAUAUAACCACCCCGUGCUUUGCUGUUGGAAUGAUGAUAGCUGUAUAGGAUUUCCAGCAUACAUAUCGUUUGGUGGUGUGGGUAAAUUGGUGGUUUAAUUUUGCUCUCAUUUGUUUUAGUCAACAUGUGGCCUUAGAGUCUUUAAGGUAUGAUACCACCCUAUACAUACAGGGGAAUAUCAAAUUUGUGAUAUUUUUGUCACAUGCACACCACUCCUUAUAUGUCAUACAUUCCUGCAACUGCUUCAGAGUUGCUGUAGGCCUGUUGGUAGCCUCUGACCAGUUUCCUCCUGCUCUUUUAUCUAGUUUAGAGCAAAGUCCUCAUCCAGGAAGGGUCUUUAUUGUAGUAAAUACCUUCCACUUCUCAAUAAUAGAUUUUUAGGCAGUGAUAAAGUCUUUUUUUAAUCCAUCUUCUGACUUUUGUCUGUGCACAGUUUUUCCUGGAGAUCUUUUGACAGUGCCUUGCUACCUAUAGUUGGUUGAUUGCUUCAGUUGCAGUACCAGGGACUGAAAUGCUCCGGGAAAGUUAUGCUGGGCUAAAUAAAAGUGUUAUGAUAUGGGGUUGCUUCUGUUGGUGUGGAAUAUGUUUAGCAACGUUAUGUGCCAAAACAUUGGAGUCAGCUGACUACCUGAUACUGAAUGACCAGAAUUUUCAACAAUGGAUUUUUUUCUUUCCUGAUUGUAUAUUUAAGGUAAAGUAAUUAUGUAAUAUAUAAAUUAAAAUGGAAGU